ACUGAAUGGAGGAAUGAAUACAACUUGAUCCACGUCGUGCUUCGGAAGCGGUCACUUUACCUGUGAACCUCUCUGCCUGACAACCGGCCAAUGUACGGAAUCAACCACCAAGAUGGCGGCGCCCUUAAAGAAUCCGCAAUUAGGUCGCCGCCAUGUGUCGCCUAGGAACGUACGGAAUUCGACCUACGUACGGAAUCGGAUUCCAAGAUGACGGCAUCUAUGAGGAAGUCACGCAGUAGGUGCAGCCAUGUUGCCUGUACGACGAGGCCGUACAAGCAGCCGCCGUACGUACUCUACUGACAAGGUGGCGGCGCCCUCGGGAAAGCCACAUAUGAGCGCGGCCAUGUUCCCGGCGAACGUAUGGAUUCGGCCACCAUACGGAUACGAUAAGCAAGAUGGCGGCGCCUGAGGGGUCUUGGGGGCUCUAGGCCGGCCACCUACUGGUUUGCAGCGGAGACGACGCACGGGGCCUGCGCAAUAGGAGUACGCUGCCUGGGAGGCGUGACUAGAAGCGGAAGUAGUUGUGGGCGCCUUUGCAACCGCCUGGGACGCCGCCGAGUGGUCUGUGCAGGUUCGCGGGUCGCUGGCGGGGGUCUUGAGGGAGUGCGCCGGGAGCGGAGAUAUGGAGGGAGAUGGUUCAGACCCAGAACCUCCAGAUGCCGGGGAGGACAGCAAGUCGGAGAAUGGGGAGAAUGCGCCCAUCUACUGCAUCUGCCGCAAACCGGACAUCAACUGCUUCAUGAUCGGGUGUGACAACUGCAAUGAGUGGUUCCAUGGGGAUUGCAUCCGGAUCACUGAGAAGAUGGCCAAGGCCAUCCGGGAGUGGUACUGUCGGGAGUGCAGAGAGAAAGACCCCAAGCUAGAGAUUCGCUAUCGGCACAAGAAGUCACGGGAGCGGGAAGGCAAUGAGCGGGACAGCAGUGAGCCCCGGGAUGAGGGUGGAGGGCGCAAGAGGCCUGUCCCUGAUCCAGACCUGCAGCGCCGGGCAGGGUCAGGGACAGGGGUUGGGGCCAUGCUUGCUCGGGGCUCUGCUUCGCCCCACAAAUCCUCUCCGCAGCCCUUGGUGGCCACACCCAGCCAGCAUCACCAGCAGCAGCAGCAGCAGCAGAUCAAACGGUCAGCCCGCAUGUGUGGUGAGUGUGAGGCAUGUCGGCGCACUGAGGACUGUGGUCACUGUGAUUUCUGUCGGGACAUGAAGAAGUUCGGGGGCCCCAACAAGAUCCGGCAGAAGUGCCGGCUGCGCCAGUGCCAGCUGCGGGCCCGGGAAUCCUACAAGUACUUCCCUUCCUCGCUCUCACCAGUGACGCCCUCAGAGUCCCUGCCAAGGCCCCGCCGGCCACUGCCCACCCAACAGCAGCCACAGCCAUCACAGAAGUUAGGGCGCAUCCGUGAAGAUGAGGGAGCAGUGGCGUCAUCAACAGUCAAGGAGCCUCCUGAGGCUACAGCCACACCUGAGCCACUCUCAGAUGAGGACCUACCUCUGGAUCCUGACCUGUAUCAGGACUUCUGUGCAGGGGCCUUUGAUGACCAUGGCCUGCCCUGGAUGAGCGACACAGAAGAGUCCCCAUUCCUGGACCCCGCGCUGCGGAAGAGGGCAGUGAAAGUGAAGCAUGUGAAGCGUCGGGAGAAGAAGUCUGAGAAGAAGAAGGAGGAGCGAUACAAGCGGCAUCGGCAGAAGCAGAAGCACAAGGAUAAAUGGAAACACCCAGAGAGGGCUGAUGCCAAGGACCCUGCGUCACUGCCCCAGUGCCUGGGGCCCGGCUGUGUGCGCCCCGCCCAGCCCAGCUCCAAGUAUUGCUCAGAUGACUGUGGCAUGAAGCUGGCAGCCAACCGCAUCUACGAGAUCCUCCCCCAGCGCAUCCAGCAGUGGCAGCAGAGCCCUUGCAUUGCUGAAGAACACGGCAAGAAGCUGCUCGAACGCAUUCGCCGAGAGCAGCAGAGUGCCCGCACUCGCCUUCAGGAAAUGGAACGCCGAUUCCAUGAGCUUGAGGCCAUCAUUAUACGUGCCAAGCAGCAGGCUGUGCGCGAGGAUGAGGAGAGCAACGAGGGUGACAGUGAUGACACAGACCUGCAGAUCUUCUGUGUUUCCUGUGGGCACCCCAUCAACCCACGUGUUGCCUUGCGCCACAUGGAGCGCUGCUACGCCAAGUAUGAGAGCCAGACGUCCUUUGGGUCCAUGUACCCCACACGCAUUGAAGGGGCCACACGACUCUUCUGUGAUGUGUAUAAUCCUCAGAGCAAAACAUACUGUAAGCGGCUCCAGGUGCUGUGCCCCGAGCACUCACGGGACCCCAAAGUGCCAGCUGACGAGGUAUGCGGGUGCCCCCUUGUACGUGAUGUCUUUGAGCUCACGGGUGACUUCUGCCGCCUGCCCAAGCGCCAGUGCAAUCGCCAUUACUGCUGGGAGAAGCUGCGGCGUGCGGAAGUGGACUUGGAGCGCGUGCGUGUGUGGUACAAGCUGGACGAGCUGUUUGAGCAGGAGCGCAAUGUGCGCACAGCCAUGACAAACCGCGCGGGAUUGCUGGCCCUGAUGCUGCACCAGACGAUCCAGCACGAUCCCCUCACUACCGACCUGCGCUCCAGUGCCGACCGCUGAGCCUCCUGGCCCGGACCCCUUACACCUUGCAUUCCAGAUGGGGGAGCCGCCCGGUGCCCAUGUGUCCGUUCCUCCACUCAUCUGUUUCUCCGGUUCUCCCUGUGCCCAUCCACCGGUUGACCGCCCAUCUGCCUUUAUCAGAGGGUCUGUCCCCGUCGUCAUGUUCAGUGCCUGGUGGAGCUGCGGAGUCCACUCAUCCUUGCCUCCUCUCCCUGGGUUUUGUUAAUAAAAUUUUGAAGAAACCAA